UUCAGAAUGCCUGCACUCACGUUGCACAUCGUGUCGUGAAAGCGUUGUGCCUGCGGGAGGUUAAUGUUCAUUAGCUAAGGUUACUUGGAUAGCCAGCAGAAACUGGGCUAACUUUCAAAUACAGGAAUAUUGUACUUUAUGUACAGUUUAAAGGCCGUCCCUGUGUAAUAACACACUGGAUUGUGGAUAUAAUAAACGAUCGCGGACGCUGAAUCGUCAAGGGAGUGGUCUCUGAAGCUCUGAAGCUCAGUGACUGACAGACGACAAACCGCCAGCCUGUGACACUGACGGGACGAGCUAGCGCCUCACGCUAACCCGCUCAGAUCCGUGCGCUGAAGCCGGACCUCCAGAUUUCCCGCUACAGCGUUUCACCUGCUGAUCAGCUGGCGGUGCAGAUGCCGAGCUGCGGAGGCUUCAUCGAAGGCGAGGAAGAGGACGGCGAGGGAGACGAAGCGAUGGAGUGCUCCUCGGUGCCAGGAGGAGGAGGAGGAGGAGGAGGAGGAGGUCCUGAGCAGCUCCUGACUGCGUUUGGGCCGGGGGUCAAAGGCACGGUCGGGGGGAGUGAGGAGGUGGGACGGAGCGAUGUGGGCGUGGCCAGCCGCCAUGAUGGGACGGAUUCUCCCUCCAAUCACCGCUCUCAAAGUACGACUGGACUGGACAAGAGGUCGGAGCUGCACGCUGAUCCUGCCAGUAAUCAAACAGAGAGCAGCGGAAGCGAGCAUCCGGAGCAGGAGCGGGCCCAGUCACACAGCGAGAUAAUGAGGGCGAUGAGGGAGAUGAAGAGGAGGUUGCCGUCCGACAGGAAGUGUCACCGCAAGGCCCGGACCGUGGAGGCGCUGCGCUACGCACUCCGCUGCGUCAAACAAGUGCAAGCCAGCAGCGAGUACCACAAGGUUCUGCUGGGCAGCUGGAAGGAGGAGCAGGGAGAGGUCAGCCCCACGGUCUGCACCCUGGAGGAGCUGGAGAGCGUCACCUCCGAGCACACCCUCAAAAACACGGGCAUGUUCGCGGUGGUGUUCUCCCUGGCCAGCGGCCGGGUGCUGUACGUCUCGGAGCAGGCUCCCAGCAUCCUCGGCCUGCGGGGGGGCUUCCUGCGUGAGGCGCGUUUCGUGGAGCUCCUGUACCCCCAGGACGUCAACAUGUUCUACGCCCGCACCGCACAGCCCCACCUGCCCCCCUGGACCCUGGGCCCCGACAGGAAGGCCGAUCUGUACGACUGCACCUGGGUCAAAUCCUUCUUCUGCCGCCUCAGGGGGGGCAAGGACGGCGAGGGGGAGGUGCGCUACAGCCCGUUCCGCCUCACGCCGUACCUGCUGAAGGUUCGGGGGGGCGAGGGGGAGGAGGACCAGCCCUGCUGCCUGGCGCUCGCCGAGCGCGUACACUCAGGAUACGAAGCUCCCAGAAUCCCCUUGGAGAAGCGCAUAUUCACCACAACCCACUCCCCGGGCUGCGUCUUCAUGGAGGUGGACGACCGAGCUGUGCCGUUGCUAGGAUACCUCCCUCAGGAUCUGAUUGGCUCCUCAGUGCUAGCCUGCCUGCACCCAGAAGAUAGGCCCCUUAUGCUGGCCCUGCAUCAUAAAAUUCUGAAGUACGCAGGCCAGCGGCCGUUUGAGGACAGGUCCUUCCGGCUGCGCUGUCAGAACGGCGACUACGUCACGCUGGACACCAGCUGGUCCAGCUUCGUCAACCCCUGGAGCCGCAAGGUGGCCUUCGUCAUCGGCCGGCACAGAGUCCGCACGGGGCCCCUGAAUGAGGAGGUCUUCGCCACACGGGGCAGCGUGGAGCAGCCUCGGGUAUCUGAGGAGAUCCAGGAGUUGCAGACCCAGAUCUACCGGCUCUUUCUGCAGCCGGUGUAUAAUAACGGCUCCAGUGGUUAUGGCAGUAUGGGCAGUAAUGGCUCCCAUGAGCCCUACGUCAGCAUGUCCUCCAGCGAAAGCAACGGCAACCUGUGGGAGGACUCUCUGCGUGAGCCGAUGAAGCUGCAGCGUAUCUGCUCAGACGUUCGGAGGGUGAAGGCCGGGGGGCAGCAGGGGCUCUUGGACUCGCGGUGCAAACUGCCCCCCAUGGGGAGGGCCGCAGCCGGGCCCACAGCUCCUCCCACUGCCUCCCAGCCAACGGAGAGCGGAGUCGCCCUCAGCCCCCCCCACAAGGAUUCCAGGAAGCCACACCACAUUCCAUCCUACCAGCAAAUCAACUGUGUGGACAGCAUCAUCAGAUACCUGGAGAGUUACACUGCUCCUUCGCUGAAGAGGAAGACUGAGUCCCUCGCCUCCUCCUCUUCCUCUGAGGAAGAUAAGGGUCACGGGCCAGCAAUGGCAGCAGAGGAGGCCAUGCAGGAGGAGACGGGCGUUUCGGGGGGGUCGGCGGUGACUCUGGCGCACACGGCGGGCGCGGUGGUGGGGGCCCCCCUGACGGGCGUCACGCUGUCCCCCCAGGCCCUGAGCGUGGUGUCCCUCACCAGCCAGUGCAGCUACAGCAGCACCAUCGUGCAUGUGCCCCAGCCCGAGUCCGAAGUGACAGCGCUAGAGGAUGCACCAAUGGGCAGCGAGCAUGCUGACCCCACCCCCCCGCAGCCCCGCCCACAGCCCAGCCCGCUGGGGCUGACGAAGGAGGUGCUGUCGGCGCACACGCAGAAGGAGGAGCAGGAGUACGUGGGCCGGUUCCGCCAUCGCAUCCUGCAGGGCCCGUACCGGUCCUACCUGCAGCGGGACAGCAGCCCUGGCCCCUCCCAGCAGCGCGGGCCCUCCGGUAACCAUGGCGAGCAGGAAGUGGGCGGAGCUGCGCGGAGGAAGACCAGGGUCCGCGAGCUGAAGGCCAAGCGGCGUCGGGAGCAGUGGUCCUCAGACAGCUACGCCUCCCCCCCCGAGGGGCACUGCGUGGCCCCCUCCCCGUGCCAGAACGGGGCCCCCUCCCAGUCCUCCGCGGUGGGCUUGGUCUCGCCCUACCAGCAGGUCCUCGGGGUGCCUAGCGCCCCCCUCUACCCGGGCCCCCUGCCCUAUCAGGGCUUCUCGUGCCCCCCCAGCGCCCCCGGUGUGCUGCCUACCCCGGGGGGGGUGGGGCCGUACGUGGCGCCCGUCAUGGCUAUGGUCCUGCCGAACUUCCCCUCCUACGUGCAAGGGGCGUGUCCUCUGGGCCCCACCCCUCCCUUCUUCCUCCCUCCCUUCAACCCCUCUCCCUUUGGCUCCUCCCCCUUCCCUGCGUUCCCCGGCCCCGCCCUCGUGCCCCGGGCUCCGCCCACCCCCGUCCCGCCCACCCCCUCCCCCUCCCCCGGCGCUCUGGACCCGCCCUCUCAGCUCUUCUCCAGCUCGAGGUCCAGCUCCCCGCUGCAGCUGAACCUCCUGCAGGAGGAGCUGCCCAAACCCGCCCAGCCCCAGGGGCCCGCAGGAGACGCGGAGAGCCAGGAGGAGGCGCAGCGAAAGGAGGAGGAAGGUCUGAGCGAUUCUGGUAACCAUGACAACCGGUCCACGUCCAGCGAGGUGCUGGACCUGCUGCUCCAGGAGGACACCCACUCCAGGACCGGCUCCAACGUCUCGGGCUCGGGGUCCAACGGCACCUCCACCAGCAACACAGGCAGCGGGGACAGCAGCCUGUACUUCGCCUCCAGCGACUCCUCGCACACCUCUCCCCCGGCCAGCAGGGGGCAGCCUCAGGGCGAGCAGGCGGCCGAGGACCGGGCCAAUUUUAAGCGGUGCGUGGAGAACUCGCUGUGGAGCCUGAUACAGCACACGCCGGAGCCUGUGAUGAUGACCUAUCAGAUCAGCCCAAGGGACCAGGCCCAGGUUCUGAAGGAGGACCUGGAGAGGCUGCUCCUCCUGGCCCCCCUGCAGCCCGUCUUCACGGAGGCGCAGAAGGAGGAGCUGGCGGAGGUGCACCCCUGGAUGAAAGAGCACGGCCUGCCAGAGGAGAUCAACACACAGGGCUGUGUGACCUGCAUGCCUGACGCAAACUCCCCAGCCCCUCCCAUUUCUGCCACACCCCACACCCAGGACCACCCCCCACAGGACCCCAGCCCCGACACCUGACACUUCACACACCACUUAACCUCCCCACGAAGGGGUGGGGCUACGGGGACUUAAGAGCCACUCCCACCCACAUCGGCCAAUGGGAAGGAAGAAGGGAGGAGGGGCCAGAACCAAGUGGGAGACUCGGACCUUCAGUUCUUGCCCUGUGGGCCUGUGGGACCCGUCACACCAUGUGACCUGUACAGAGGGCGGGGCUUCACCCUGUGAAGUUUACACAUAAAAAACAAUGGAACGUAAACAGGAAGAAAGGCCUGGGUCUAAACAGGAUCAGCUUCCUCUCUGAAGAGACUACAGAGGCCUGGUUAGGCUUCUUUUUUUUUUGUUUUAUUUUAUUUUAUUUUAUUUUUUCCUUCCCACCCGUUUCUCUGCCGAGCCACUGUUUGGCCUCAGGAGGCGGAGCUCUGUCCUGCCCGGAUGACGUGCGUCACGUUUUUAUUUAACCGUGUAAACCCCCGUCUCCUGCUCUCUGUCGGCUGCGCUCCCCCCGCGCUGCGUCUGGGCUAGUCAGCGGCUUUUCGGCGUUCGGCUGAGACCCCUGACCUGUGCGCGCGUCGGCGUCUCCUCUGAGUCCGGCUGAAUCUGGGCCAGGUGGGCGUGGGCUCAGGUGAGCUGUUCUCCUACACCUGUGCGUGGUGAUGACCUCACCCACGGGCCGCAGCUGGGACCCGUCCGGUGUGUAGAGGGAGGCCCGGUUAGUUUUGCGAUACGCUGGUGUUGUAAAAUAGCAUAACGACGAGAACAGUUGUGUGCGGUACGCAGGUUCUGUGUGCGGUACGCAGGUUCUGUGUGCGGUACGCAGGUUCUGUGUGCGCUACGCAGGUUCUGUGUGAGGUACGCAGGUUCUGUGUGCGGUACGCAGGUUCUGUGUGCGAUACUCAGGUUCUGUGUGCGGUACGCAGGUUCUGUGUGUGGUACGCUGGUAUUGACUGUGGCCACUGUUCAUAUGUACAUAUCGGGCACCCGUCACUGUAGAGAGCAAGACCGUUUUCCCAGUCACUAUGGAGACGGUGGUUACAGAAGAAAAACCCUGAAAAUGUCUCCUCAGAGGUCAUGUUUUCUCUUUUGGGGCGCAGUGGAAAGACGGGGGGGGGGGGGUAGGACCUGUAUGUGCUCAUUUCGGGGGAACCUCCCCUCAGGUAGAGAGAACCUCACACCCCCGUUGGUCUUUCCUGUGACGUACGUUUCCCCCGUGCUCUGCUGGUCUGAUGUGUGCUCACACAGACCGCUUCAUAAUCCUGUACAGUUCACAUGUUGACUAUAAAUAUAGCCGUUAUUUUUAUUUUUUUGACUUUUUAUGUUGUGUAUUUAUUUUUGGUCUGAUGGAAAGCCUGUUGGCCAGUAUUGGAUUGUCCUUUUUGGGGAGGGGGGGGGGAGCAGUUUUUAAUAUUGAGCCUAACAGUAAGGGCCUGUUUCCACUGGUAACGACGAUAAAUAUAAAUCCCCUGCUGGUGUCCACACUGUUGUUGUGCACCUCGGUCAGUCCACACGCAUUCUUAUCGCGAGAACGGCCAGUCCAGAUUGUCCAGAUGUUUACUGAAGAUCGCUCUGAGAGUGAUCCAAACAGUGUCCAAUGUUAUCAUCUAGCUGAAUUCUUUCAAACUUAUUUUGAGAUAUUUGUUGAGUAUUUAAUGUUAAAUAUACAAACUUGCUUUCAUUUGAAUUUGGACAUUGUUUAUCAUUUUACGGUUAUAGUUAUGGUUUCCUGUGGAAACGGGCCAUAGUCCAGCGAAUUCAAUAUUUUAUUUAUUUUUAUUUUUUUGCUCUUUCCUGUUAAACGCCCCCUAGUGACCGUACAGAGCUUCCACAGAACCAAAAACCAGCUUUCCGCUCACAGAUGUUUUCUCAUAAAUCCCAGUUAUCGUUAUGUUGUGUUUCCUGACUGCUGAAGCUAAUGCAGCUGUUGCAGGGCUCCGCUCGUGUUGCUCCUCUCCUCUCCUCCUCUGUGGUCAGUAGGGAGCGGUUGUCCUCUCCUCCCCCUGAGAUCUCACAGCUUCUAACGCAAAACCACCAUCACUCUUAACCACAGCCCCUUUCAGUUAGCAGACAAGCAGCUGAAGCAUUAUGGGGCUUGUAGUUUGUGGUUAUGGAGUGGUUAUAAGUGGUUAUGAGCUGUUAUGAGUGGUUAUAGAGUGAUGCUUGGGGAACCACAUCAGGCCUGAGGCUGCAGUGUGCUGUUCGUCGCCAGUCCGAUGACUCUCCAAAAUACCGGAUAAAAAAAUAAAAAAAAAUUUAUUUCUUCACUGAGUCGUCACAUUUACCUGCAGACACUGCGGCCCUCCAGGAGUUCUGUUUGUCCCUCACAGUCACAAUAAACUGCAUUACUGUGUAUUAUACUGCAUCUUUAAUGACGGAGGAUUUCUGUCAUCAUUUUCUAAGUAUUUUUUUAUGUCUUGUAAUUGUGCUGAAGGAGUUUUGUAAAUCUUAAGUGGAGGUGUACGUCAUCAGACAUAGGUAGAGUUCCUGGAGAAUGAUCCACCCCUGUCUGCUGGAAACCUGAACACCUGGACACUGAACACUGAUCACUGAACACUGAACACUGCCGUGGGAGUCACAGUGCUACUGUAGUACCUGUACACGAUGGCCUUUUUUUUUUUUUACAAAGGGAAAAAGAAUAACCAUGACUAGCAGUGUGUUAAGAGCCGUACGGCCGUCUGUUCAGAAAGAGUUUCAGAAAGUGAUGCCGUCAAACAUCCGAAUAAAGACAAACUGUUUCUCCUUUCA